AUAUUAGCAUUUAUGAAUUGUCUCCACAUAUUACUUGGCUUGCUACAAAUUACUGCUUCACGUUUGAUAUCUUUUUCCUUGCUCGUCUUUGCCUUCAGGUUUACAGUCACCUCAAACUGUUACUCAGAGAUACAAGAUACUUGAUAACUCGAAAAAAGUCUUCUGUUGGCAAAGAUCAUUCGUUGAAGGACCUUAUUUGUCGGGUUCUCCGCACCAGGCUAUCGAUUGGUUUACUAGGCAGUGCCGGCGUUUUUGAGGCAUCGUCUCGCGAGUAUAGAUCAUUGAACUUCCGCUCUUAUGACGCCAGAUACUGUAACGAGCUAUGCUUCGUUGCUUCUGGGAGGGCUAAUAGCCUUCAGCUUGACAGGAACUGUUUCGGUACAAUGUGUUGUAUAUUACAGACUUUAUCCUCAGGAAUCCGAGCGGCUCAGGGAACUGGUGGCCUGUAUAUGGUUAUUAGACUUAGUCCACUCCGCGUUUAUCGGUGCUUCCUUGUACCAAUAUUUCAUUGCUUGGUUUGGGGAGGAGUCACAAAUCGACGUUAUCCCUUGGUCUGUAGCUUUUACGGUGGUAAUCACGGCCUUUCAAACAUUCAUUGCGCACUGCUUCUUCGCAAACAAAAUAUAUCGGUCCAGCCAAAAAAAUGUGUAUCUCACUGCGCCUGUAGUGUUUCUGGCUCUUCUUAGAUUGAUUGCUGCGGCCACCUCGACAGGAGAGAUGAUUGUUGAUAAGCACUAUUCUGUAUUUACUCGACCUUAUCCCGGAUGGAUCUUUACGACUGGUCUCACUCUUUCGUCCAUGGUAGACGUUCUCAUCGCGGCGUGUCUAUGUUACUUGCUUCACAAACUCAAGACACAGAUGGGAUCAACUUCCACAAUGAUGAUCAAGGUAGUAGACACACUCACUCUAUAUACACUUGAGAAUGGUUUCUUGACUGGCGUCGCUACUACGGCUUCUUUGAUAUGCUGGCUCACGAUGCCACAUAAUCUUUCAUUCCUUGGGUUGCAUUUCGUCAUCGAGAAGCUCUACGCAAAUUCCAUUCUCGCCUCCUUAAACACGCGUAAAGAGCUUCGCGAUAUGCGACCACGAAUUUCGCCCUGGGCAGACCGAUCGCUUCCCGUUCUGUCUGCCGAUGAUUUCAGCCAUGAUACUCCAAGAGAUCCGUUGAACUUGUUAACACCAGUUGACAAAUAUAGCUCUAGACCUGACACACCGCCAAAGCCACACAUUCCGCGCUGCGGAAAUUUUACCCACGGUUUUGGCGCUUGUUUGUUCCGUCGUACCACAUGCCUCGCUGUCUCUCUGUAUGACCUAGCUACUGUUGUGUGCAGUGUGCUCAGGUAGGUUGGCUGGUAUUCAUGCCUGGGCGCUAGCAGACCUCACCUGUGCCAUGUACGACGACAACAUGCACUUUCUCAUCAAAUACCAACUACAGCACUUUUUGGGUCCUGUUAUUACUCCGCCUCCUCUAUGUAUCUACCG